UGCGUGUUUCCGUCCUGGGGGAGGGGAGGAAGGAACGGACCGGAGUAGCGUCCUUGUGUUUCCCUUCCGGUGAGUGAGAAAUGGGGGUGUGAGCGCUGAGCCAGCCAAUGAAAGAUGAGCCUGCGGCUGAUCACAUGGGAUAUAAAAGAUACCCUGCUGCGAGUCCGGGUGCCGGUGGGGCAGCAGUAUUUUGCCGAAGCCAAGAGGCAAGGUCUCUGUAUGGACCCCGGUUCCUUGGAGACAUCGUUCCGUAACGCCUACCGGACUCAGAGCCGGCUCUUCCCCAACUACGGGUUGGCGCAGGGCAUGGACUCCCGGCAGUGGUGGUUGGAUGUGGUGUUGCAGACAUUCCGACUCUCCGGCGCUGAGGAUGAUGAGACCAUCCGGUCCGUGGCCCAACAGCUCUACCAAGACUUUUCCACUGCCCGUAACUGGGCCGUGGUACCGGGAGCCAGGGAGGCGCUGGAAUCCUGCAAGGGGCUGGGGCUCAAGAUGGCGGUGAUCUCUAACUUUGACAGGCGGCUGGAGGAGGUGCUAGAGCAGUGCGGCCUGGGGGGGUAUUUUGAGUGGGUACUCACCUCUGAGAGCGCCGGGGUGGCCAAACCCGACCUGGGGAUAUUCCGGCAGGCGCUGAGCUUGGCCGAGGUGCCACCCCACCAAGCGGCGCACGUGGGGGACGAUUAUGUCAACGACUAUUGGGCGGCACGAAUGGCGGGAAUGCGCAGCUACCUCAUCCGCCCCCGCGCUCCCCCCAAACCCCUGCAGUGGAACGUCCCGGAGGAACAUGUGAUCCACUCCCCCCAGCAGCUCAUUCCCAAACUGGAAGGGCUUCUAUUAAACUCACCCACCUAGUUAUACCAUGUGGUUUGUGCAAAGGGAAUGAUGGGAAAGUGGGAGGGGCCUUGUAGAAGCAGCAGAUCCUUAUAUCUAGUUGGGGUUUGUCUUCAUCACUUCAGUUAUACCAUGUGACACACAGCAGUUAGCCAAUCGCUUUACAUCAACUGCCCCCUGAGCCCGGCUGCCUCAUUCAGCUGCUGGCAUGAUCUGGGCACGCCCCGCCCUGCUGGAGUUUGUACAUAUACCGGCUCUGUGUCAAUAAAUACAUUAUCUCUGCCAGAA